CUGGUAACAAUUUGAAUUGAAGUAUACUAUCUUCUUCCAUUAAUCAUUUGUGAUAUUAUAUAAAUAUUGAAUUGAAUUGAAUUUUACCCAAAAGAAUAAAAAUGAUGAAAGGUACAACAACUACCUUGUGUUGUUUCAAACCCUUCUCUUCUCCAUCUUCCAUUAACCAAUCCCUUUUUCCCUCUUUCUCUUCUUCAUCUACUUUUCCCACGUGCUCUCUCACGUGGGAUGAUGUUUUUCAAAUUUCUCAAUCUCAUCAACAACAGGACCCUUCUUCUUAUCUCCAUGGUUACUUCCACAAACUUCAACUCUGCAAUCGUGGUUUUGACAAACAAUCUGAAUUCCUUCCAUUUGUCAUUGAGGGCCACAAUGCUGGAUUCAUUCACAAUAGGUUUGUUGAUCAUUUGAGAGGCUUUAGCGAUGUGUUUGUUUUUCCCAAAGAAGGACCUUUUGGUCACUGUGUUUCGUUGCAUCCAUUACUUAAGACAGCUGAGGAAAGAACCAGUGCGGUUGGUUAUGUAAUAGAGCACUUGGGAGAGGAACAUAUUCCAGGUAUACGGAAUGAGCUAUACCCUGUGAAAUCAUCUUUUGACAAACCCGUUUUCUUUUCGCUAGAACGUGCGGCGGCUCCUUAUUUUGGCAUUAAGGCUUAUGGAGUCCAUAUGAAUGGCUAUGUUGAGGUAGAUGGGCAGAAGCACCUAUGGAUAGGGAAGAGAAGUCAGUUGAAAUCCACAUAUCCUGGAAUGCUUGAUCAUCUAGUUGCAGGAGGACUGCCGCACGGAAUUGAUUGUCAGGAAAAUGUUAUAAAGGAAUGUGAAGAGGAAGCUGGAAUUCCAAGGUCCAUCUCUAUUAAAGCUAAACCUGUUGGUGUUGUUUCAUAUAUGGACAUCGACGGGUAUAGAUACAAGAGAGAUGUUCUAUUCUGCUAUGAUUUGAUACUUCCUCAAAGUUUUGUGCCAAAAAAUGAAGAUGGAGAAGUUGAAAGCUUCAAGUUAAUCCCUGUUAAGCAAGUUGCAGAAGUCAUACGCAAGACACAAUUCUUCAAACCAAAUUGCGCUAUCGUGAUCAUUGACUUCCUGUUUCGACAUGGAUACAUAGUUCCUGAAAAUCAUGGAUAUUUGGAUCUCUUAAGAAGCUUAAGAAUAGGAGAUUGCUCCUGAUACACAAAGCAUCGUGACUAUUCAUUGAACCAAACAUUCUUAUUUUGUCGAGUAUCUUGGUUAUUGUUAUUCUUUCUCUAUAAUCUAUAUUGAUGCAGUUAGAUUGCAUUUACUUAUUUAUUUUUCACUUUUUGUUUCCAAGAGUUGUUGAAAUGGAAUUUCAUUGGAACAGUAUUUGUGUUCAAAUAAUUAUUUCCUGCAAAAUCGUUGACAUA